GUGGCGUAGCGCCAGGCUCCGCUCCAGGCAAAGGCGGAAACCGAGUUGUCCCAGCGGAGUAGCAUUGCCGCCGGAGCCUCAGCCCAGCUGUGUGCCUCGGCUCAUGGCCUCCUACUCCUACCGCCUCGGCCCCGGGGCUGGCCCCGGCCCUACUGCGGGCGCGGCGCUGCCGGAUCAAAGCUUCCUAUGGAACGUCUUCCAGAGGGUUGAUAAAGAUAGGAGUGGUGUGAUAUCAGACAAUGAGCUCCAGCAAGCACUAUCCAAUGGCACAUGGACUCCAUUUAACCCAGUGACUGUCAGGUCAAUCAUCUCAAUGUUUGACCGGGAGAACAAGGCUGGUGUGAACUUCAGUGAGUUCACAGGCGUGUGGAAGUACAUCACAGACUGGCAGAACGUCUUCCGUACCUACGACAGAGACAACUCUGGCAUGAUUGACAAGAAUGAGCUCAAGCAAGCUCUCUCAGGUUUUGGCUACCGGCUCUCGGACCAGUUCCACGAUAUCCUCAUUCGGAAGUUUGACAGGCAAGGACGGGGCCAGAUUGCCUUUGACGACUUCAUUCAGGGCUGCAUCGUGCUGCAGAGAUUGACAGAUAUAUUCAGACGCUACGACACAGAUCAAGAUGGCUGGAUUCAGGUGUCUUAUGAACAGUAUCUGUCCAUGGUCUUCAGUAUUGUAUGAUGCUGGCCUUUUGUGAAUAGAAACAUUACUUACAGAAAAAAGACCCAAAAUGCCAAAUCUCUUACCUGUAACAGAACAUGGAUGCGGUUAGAUGCUGUUUUUCCUUUAUAUUUUACCAUAUGGGAACCUGACUGUACAUAUGUGGAUAAGUUGAUUAAUGUUUUUGCAGUUGUGGUAGAAGUUGUGUCAUUAUAGUACAAACAUUAGAUUUGGUGACUAUUUCUUUGUGCCAUGUUGGAAAUGGAAUAAUGUUUUGGGUAUUGUGCUUGCAAAACAAUGCAUCAUGUGCUUUUCUAGAUAUCUCCAAUUCUGUAGUGGAAAUGCUUUUUUUAGCCAAUAGAAAUUGUAAAAUAAUAUGGAACUUGCACAGAAGGCUUUUCAUGUGCCUUACUUUUUUAAAAAGGAGUUUAUUGGUAUCAUUGGAAUAAACAAUAAAAUGGUACAAAUUUGG